UGUGCACGUCGGAGGCGAUGACCGCGGCUCGUCGUCCCCUGGGGAGGGCAAGCGAUGGGUGGAUGUGGGGCUCGUAGCGCAACCGAAGCUUAGCUCCAUGGCACGAGGCGAAGAGUGUGAGCGAAAUUUUAUGUUUCUCAUAGUGCAGAGAAUCCAAUGAACCCGGUUGGGGUCGAAGUCCCAAGUGAGUGGGUAUCUGCGCCGCGUGAAUUCUGUCGGUCCAUUUGCUACGUCGUCAGUCGAAAGGGAGUUGCCUACUGAGUGGGAUGAACAAGCGCGCACAAAUUCCCAUGCACACUUAGUGUAUCUGUGCCUGAAACUGUGUGCUGCGAUCUUCACAUCCACACAUCCCUGAGAAUGAGUGUGGGGAUAAGAAGGCAUCGGCCUAAAUAACUUACCCCACAGCGUGAUAACUUGUUAUUGCUCAAGUGUGCUGGAGCUAUUAAAGCGUUGCACAUCUGGGGUUAGCUGAUGUUUACGAUAUCUACCCAGCUCGGACGAUGUUUACGAUGCGUCACUGGAAGUGCCCAUCGCAGACCAGCAUUGAAACGGAAAGGCGGCCUCAUGUCAGAUCGGUGCGAGACAAACGCACCGUGAGACAUGAUAAAGGGAUGAUGUGAAUCUGACAAACGAGCAUUGUAAGACUGUACGGUGUGUGGAAACAGAGUUGAAACAGUGCCGGCAGGUUCGGGGGCUUGAAGAUGCACUUGGAUUCAUCGUGCCCUGCGCUCAGGCGCUGGACGGUGCUGAGUCUGCACAUCGGAGCGUUGGAUGAUGAAGAUUGUAGCAUAGGGUGUGCGGUUUGGUCAUCGUGUGCAAGUGGGACUGCAGCGGUUCAUGAUCUGCAGCCCGUGUGAUGCUCUCGGUUAGAUCUAAGCUAGGUGAAGACUUUUCAAAAGUUUAUGUAGAGAGAUCGGAAAAAGAAAAGAAAAGUGUGGGAUUGCAGAGCACUGUGGUGGGGCUUAGGGGGUGGUGACGUUUGUCGGAUCGCUGUAUAGAGGUCGUAGCGAACAUUUAGCGAAGCAUCAAGGACAGACGUGGGAUGCUGGUCAACCUGCGUCGCUCAAGCAAGCCAUAUCGAUUUUGGGUCCCUGUAGUGUCGGAGGUUCUUUUGGUACUUGGAUCACUGGCUUUGGUGGCAUUUUGCAACCAGAUCGGUGUGAAGCCUGUAGAUGGAGUUGUACAGUUGGAGCUGCUUGUUGUUACGAGGGCGGGAGUGAGUGAGAGAGAGAGAGAGAGAGAGAGAGUUUUGAGUUCAGUUGUGAGUUGUUGUAAUUGGCGACUUGGUCACCUCAUCUAAGCUCACAGGAGCAGGUUUUGGGUGAAGCUGUUUAUGCUUGACUCUUCCGAAGGUGCGGCUGGCAGAGAGGAAGUUUUAGCCUCGGGUUCCUUCGUUCGUUCGAGUCUGCAUUUGCUCAAUAUUAGAAUUGGUGGAUAAGAGAUCGAAGAGGCGGAGAAAUUUUGUUGAGCUCGUGGUAGACCUUGUUAAUCGAUACUAUUUCGGAGAGUAGGAAUGACAUUCGACGUUGUCUUGGAGAUUGUGCCGGUGCUGCCGGACGUUGUACUUUGGAUACCCGGUGCGCAUUCAAGGGAGGGCUGCAAUGUUGCGAGCUGCUCGAUUACAGGAAAGCCCACAACCGCGGGUUGCAGACCUCUUUAGAAUCUGGUGGUAAUGGCUGCGUGGCCGGCAUAGCUGGGAAUACAUGUUCGUUUUGAGGAAGAUGAGGAAACGAUGACAGUCGCUUUUGCAGCUCCGGUGGCUAUGGAUAGACCCAGCAGGAAGAUGGUGGUGAAGAACGUGAUGGGGCGGCUCCUCCAAUGCGAGGAGAGCUACUCGGAGGCUUUCCUUGAGUCCGCCGAUGAGCAGUGCGAAGACGAAUUUGUCCUGAACUUGAAUCCUUUGCACAGCGUGAAGCCGCCGAGCGAGGUUUAUUCGUUUGAUCCGUCCGUCCUCUCCCCCAACAUAUCCCCCGCGUUGCAACGCAACGUGAGAGCAUGGCGCGACGCCACAGGAUUACCCACUACCAUCGUCAUUCGUUGCAAGGACCGCGUCUUCCAUCUUCACAAAUUCCCGGUCGUUUCUCGAAGUGGCUACUUGAAGAAACUGCUCAAGGACGCCAAAGAUGUUACCAUCCCCAGUCAUGUUCCUGGUGGGCCAGACAUUUUAGACUUAGCGUUCAAUUUCUGUUACGGCUCUAACAUCCUCAUGGAUCCCUCCAACAUCGCCGAGGUUUGUUGCGUGGCCGAGUAUUUGCAAAUGACCGAGGAUUAUGGCCAGGCUAAUCUUUUCGAGCGCAGCAUGCUCUACUUGACCCAAGUCACUUUACAGAACUGGGAUGAUACGCUUGUCGUCCUCCUCCAUUGUGAGAAUUUGGCCCCUUUCGCUGAGCAGCUGGGGAUCGUCCGACGGUGUCUCGACGCCAUGGCAUUUAUGGCGUGCAUGGAGUUCUUCGACCCAGUUGUGAAAAAAGCCUUCCCUACCAAGGCCGAGGAUCCUCAUCGCUGGACGACGAACAUGCGAGAAACCUCGUCUCUCCACUGGUGGAUACAGGACGUUGUGGCCAUCCCGUCCAACUUGUUUGUGAAAUUGGUGCUAGCAUUGCGCCGAGAGGGUAUGCAGGAGAAUCACGUCGGGCAGGUGAUCAUGGCAUUCGCCGAUCGGUGGAUCUUUGGCUCAAGAGCGGGCUCUCUCUUGGUGCAGAAGGGGAAUGACAAAUGUUGGGUACUGGAAUCGCAAGUAACGCCUGAAAUGCCUGUGCUGAUUGAGGCUGUGGUUCGCGUGCUGCCCUUGGAGCGGCACGUUGUCCCCAUUCGCUUCCUCUUCGGGCUGCUCCGGCGCGGACUCCGCUGCGCCUUGCACGAUGACUGCAGAAUCCAGCUCGAGACAAGAAUUGCAUUACAGUUCGAGCACGCGACGCUGCACGACGUUCUCCAACCAUGUAAAGAAGAGAAAGACGACAUCUAUAUUUUCAGGAACGAGAUUGAUUCCAUGGAAAGAAUCCUACAGCUCUUCCUUACAAGGUUCCGAGGGUAUGACGAGGGUAGACUGCCCGACAUGGCCAUUCUCUCGGCGGUCGAGAAGCUCUGGGACGAGUACCUUACAGAUAUUGCGUGCCAUUCGAGCUUAUCUCCCUCCAGAUUCGCAGAGCUUAUUGACAGGGUCCCCGCCUACAUGCGCGUGGUGCACGAUCAUGUGUACUGCGCCAUUCACGCAUACCUCAAGGCGCAUCCAAAUAUCACGCAUGAGGAACGGUUGCGCGUUUGUCGAAUCCUAAACUGCCAGAAACUGUCGCAAGAGAUGUGCACGCACGCUGUCCAGAACGAUUUGAUGCCGUUGCCACUCCUCGUGCAAGCAAUGUUCAUGCAGCAGCUGCAGACGCAGUCUGUGCUGACCUCGCAUAUCGAAUCCGCCUCGCACCCGUCACAAGCCGAACCCUACAGCCACAACCAUAAACGGUUCACCCUCCCGGAAAACACCUCCACGUUCUUCUAUCCCUCCGCGGAGAAUUCAGCUCGGCAUCACUCGUGCGAUUAUUCCCAAGACACAUUCCGGUCGGUGGAAUCCUCCUUCCGUGACAACCAUCUCUGCAUGAACGACCUCAUGACCGCUGCAUCUCAAAACAUCGUCGUGAAGGAGGAGGAUAGCACCAGCGCCCACAUGGUGCCGGUGUUACCCUCGAAGGUUGACUACCAGGCCACGGAGAGCAGGUUGAGGAGCUUGGAAGCUGAGCUGAGCAGCAUGGGCAAGGCGCUCUCACAGAACAUGGCUGAGCAGCAAAGCCAUGAGCUAUCCUGUCGGCAAGCAGCUUCGACAAGUUCCGGAGCUCAUCCCCUGAAAGCAUUCGUUAAUCCCAAGCCGGCGAAGAAAACCCCGCUGAAGAAGCCGAGGGCUCCUGAGGGAGUGGAAGUUGCGAUCUCGAAUUGUGGGCCCAUGGGGUGCAUGGCGCAGAUGAAGCCUGCUGAUCGAUCUAGUGGGCUGAUCGCCAAGGCUCUGCAGAAGCUAAGGAUUCGGGGCUUUGGCAAGUCGAAGGGGGCCGUGAAGCUCACCGAACCGGUGAUCAGUCCACCCAUCUUAGCGUCUGUCGAGAUAGCCUCUCUGAGGCAUUGUCCGAUGCGAGCGAUACUUCCCACGCAUGAACCACCCAUGUUCGAGUCUGAGAUGGGGCGGUACGUGGGGCGGACGAGUUCCAUGUCGCGGCCGGUGACAAGCCACGACAUGAGACUGCACCACGUCCGCCACAGGUCCUUGUCUUGAUCAAACCGGCGAGUUGAUGCCAUGUCGAUGCAAACAUCCAUGGCGUCUUCCUCACAUUCAAAUCCGAACCCCACUACUCGAUGCGGGCGAACAUUCAGCACCCUGACGCGGGUUGCAGGAUUCUUCGUACCCAGCUCGGAGUCGAAGCUCGAUCGAAAUCCAAGCUCCACCAUCCAGCUUCUUGAGCAUGAGUCUCCAUCUGUCGGCUUGCUCUCAUUUUACGUCUAGGUAUUGAUCGCGUCACUCGUCGAUCUCUAGGCCGCUGCAACACUGCACUUGUCGAGCAACUGCAUAACGUUGAGAUCGAUCAGAAAGGCCACUCUGAUCAAUUCGCUGAAGAGUGAUAUUUCCUUUACAGACGAGGCCGGCAAGUUGUGUAUGAAUGCUAGUUUGUGUCGACGAUGGCUGCUUGCAGCGCCGACUUUCCGGCUCCGUAACCUCACUGCAAAUGUGGGUGCCAGCAACACCACAUCGGAAUUGCACCGCAAUAGCUUGUUACCCUUUCUCGAGAGAUGCAGGGUUUGCAUGGUUUGCUUUGCUGAAUUUUUACCAGCGUAGACGAAACUUUUAACGUUGCAUCUUCUCCUCCCAUGAAACAAAAAUCAUUUAGGCCUCAAUAAAACUUUAACUGUACACACACCAUAUUCGUGAAACUUCUCUUCAUCUAUG